AUGGAACAGUUUGUUCACUUCUCUGUGAACGGCGUGUCGGUGGAGGGGAAGACACACUCACAAGUAGUGGCCGCCAUUAAAGCCGGCGGAAACGAGACCCGGCUGCUGGUGGUGGACGCCGACACAGACGACUUUUUCAAGAGGUGCAGAGUAGCCCCCACCGUGGACCACCUGACCGGUCCGCUGCCAGAACCUGUCAUCAAUGGAGGAAUGGAGGAGAAGGCGAACGGCAGACGACCCAAAGAGGCAGAGAGGGACUCGAAGCUGUCGAUCAGUCCUUCUCCGUCGAGCGCCUCCUCCAACACCUCACUCACAACCCCGCCCGCAAACACCCCACCUGAGGGUUUGAUGACAGAUGCCAUCCCCGCUCUCAACCUGACUCUGCAGCAGGUCAAAGAGCUCGCUCACCAGAAACGCUCCAGCAAGAGAGCGCCACCCAUGGACUGGACCAAGAAAAAUGAACUCUUCAGCAACCUAUAGGGCCCCUGACUCCCCCUGACACACACACACACACACACACACACACACUUACAUAUACACACAGAUUCUUCUUAUCAUAGCGAUUCUUAAAAAGAGAAUGUUUUUUAUUAUAAAGAAAUUAAAGGAGCAGUUUAACUAUUGGCAGCAGAUAAAAUUCAAGCCAUCCUGUAAAAUAUAGUAUUCUUCUUAUUACUCGUCAUGUUAUUAUAACCCAGAUAUUAUCGUUUGCUACUAACAAUGAAAUAUGCCAAUGAAAGAGAACUGGACCACGGUGAGAGUGUGUAUGUGUGUGUGCAUGUCGCUAUUUAUGCCCUGUGAAGAUGUUUCCCCUCUUUCUCUUUCUGUGUGUGUGGACAUCUGACCUCUGACCUCUGACCCCUGAUCUGAUGCCUGUGGAAACGAGGAGUCAAUCAUCGUGCUACGUUCAAUGACCAGCUCCUCUACAUUGAAAUUAAAAAAAACAUCUCUCUAAGAAUAACUGCAGUAUCAGACAGAUUCGAUGAAACCAGACAAUCAUAAAUCUCUUAUUCUCCCAGCUAUCUGUUUCGGGAUGAACCAUGUGACGUGGAAGCUGAGAUUUUACCUUUUGAAUAAUUUUUAUUUACGUUUAUUAACUUUUUUUUUAAAGAGAUUACAUAUUUUGUAAACCCAGAAAACGGCAAAACUCUCUAACACGAAGCAUUUUUUCAGAAUCAUUUGUAAUUUUUUAUGGGGAAAUAUUUACUGGCUAAACUGGAAAGAACUACAUUUUAAAGUAGGCUAUUCUAUAAUGUAUAUAUCAUAUAUCAUGUAUAUUUUUCUUUUGUCUUGACAUAGAUUUCACUCUAUGAAAUGGUUUCAGUUUAAUCCUGUGUUGCUACAAUGCCAUUAAAUCCACCAUUCAUCCACACAUCGUCUGAAUACAUGAUAUUUCAUCUUCUGAAUAAAUGUGAACUACAGUCUAUAAUGAGUAACUUAUACCGUCCUCACUUUGUCGUCACUGUGACACACAUUUUUAGCGCAUGGAAGAUUUUUAUUGCUCACUGAGAGAUUAUUUUCUAUCGAUGUCUUAAAAAGAAUAAUUGUGUAACUUCUCCAUCACAGAUUUCUACGUCUGCGCUUCACUAGAUUUUGUGCAUUGGACCGAUUUUGAGAAAAUUGAUCAUUUUGAAAUGGAAUGAUUGAAUUAUAUGAAGAGUUGUUUUGCAGCUUGUGUGAGCGAUUUUUAAUUCUGUAAUAAAUCAUCACAACAACGUCCUGUUAUCCUGUUGCUGUUGAUUUUUAUUCGAGGUGCAACAGGUUUUCAUUCACGUUUGAGCCAUGUGAUUCACUAAUGACAAUUUAAACCAGCAAACUGGCUGAUUCAAUAAAGUUGUGUCUUCU